AUGCCGACUGACGCGUCUACCGCUGCCAAGUCUCCUCCUCAUGUCAUCACUUGUCAGAGCGACAACUGUCCGAAUGGAAAACCGCCAGCGCGCCUGGAAUGUCCCACAUGCCAUAAGCUAGGAAUUACAGGCUCUUUCUUUUGUGAGCAAGCCUGCUUCAGGGAGAAUUGUGAGUGCACAUUGUUCAAAUCGCACAAGCAAAUACAUGAAUUCGUAAAGGCCUCUGCCAUUACAAAUCCAUUCCCAUCUUAUCGCUUUACUGGUUCUUUGCGGCCCGUAUAUCCCCUAUCUCCUCGAAGAGUAGUUCCGGACCACAUUCCUCGACCAGAUUAUGCAGAAGACAGCAUUCCACAUUCUGAGCUCAAAAGUGGAUAUUCUGGAAGCAUUAAAAUACUCACCAAACAGGAACAAGAAGGAAUGCGGGCAGUCUCUCGACUUGCGCGGGAAGUGCUCGACAUCGCGGCGUCUCAUAUUCGACCAGCUAUUACAACAGAUGAAAUAGAUGCUAUCGUUCACGAGGCUUGCAUCGAGCGCGGUGCCUAUCCAUCGCCAUUGAACUAUCGCAGAUUCCCGAAAUCCGUUUGUACCUCUGUCAAUGAAGUCAUCUGCCACGGAAUCCCUGAUCAGCGGAAGCUGGUCGAGGGCGAUAUAAUCAAUCUUGAUGUCACAUUAUACCACAAUGGAUUCCACGGUGAUGUGAAUGCAACAUACCCGGUUGGCGAGAUCAGCGAAGAAUCUCGGAAGCUCAUCGAUACCACUCGACGCUGCUUGGACGAAGCAAUCAAAAUCUGUAAACCGGGGGCAUUUUUCCGCGAUUUAGGCAAAGUCAUCGAACCAAUCGCCCAAAAGAGUGGCUGCAGCGUUGUGAGGCAGUACACGGGUCAUGGGAUACAUAGAUUGUUUCACUGCGUACCAAACAUUCCACACUAUGCCAAAAACAAGGCGGUUGGCCAGAUGAAGGAAGGAAUGUGUUUUACUAUUGAGCCGAUGAUCAAUUUGGGCAACCGGCAUGACGCUGAGCAUUGGCCUGACGAUUGGACCGCUGUCACUGUCGAUGGCAAUAGGAGCGCUCAGUUUGAAGAAACAUUGCUGGUUACUGCUGAUGGAGUGGAAGUAUUGACUAGAGGACCAUAA